AUGGCAGAAGAUCACGAGAAGCUUCCCCUUCUCAUCACGACUCACGGCGCCCAUCUCCACCGGCAGUCCUUGUACAGUCUUGUUGACCGCCGGUGCAAGACCACUGAAAUCCCCAUCAUGCAUUGCAAGCGCAUACUCGGCUCCAGCCACGGGUGGUUGGUCCUCGUGAGCCUCAUUACCGGCAACUCCUUCCUGUGGAAUCCAAUAUCGAUGCGCGAGAUCGACCUUCCUUGCCUGCACCGCCCGUCAGACUACAACCGGUGUGUCCUGACCGGGCCCCCGACCGAGCCCAACUGCCACGUCAUCUUCUGUUCAACCGACUACGAGGAGCGGACCGUGUUCCGAGUUGGAGACGGCACCACUGUAUGUUUGCCACCUGGAGAAGCGGGUGGAGGAGUCGUGCUCGUCGCCUUGGCCUCCUUCCGAGGGGAGACGUACGGUGUAGUCGACACAGACGAUGGUGAAUACGAGUUUGUGACCGUCCACGUGGUUGACGGUGGGGUCGAGUUUAGACCGUUGUUGGACGAGUUUGGUCAAACCCUAGAGGUCCCGAUAUCGAGGAGAAUGAAUGUGAAGUGGCAAGAGAGCCAUCUCAUCGAGGCACCGGGUGGCCGGGGGCUACUGUUGGUCAUGAAAUUUUUCAAAGGCUCUAUUCUCGCCGACAGUGUGGAGUUUAAGGUCUUCCGGUUGGAGGUUGCGGAUGGUCCGGUGGAGUGUGUGGAGCUUAACAGCGUGGAUGAGUGGACCAUAUUCAUCAACUAUUUUGGGAGAGGGUUUUGCCGCAUCUCCUCCUCCGAGAGACGAGUAACCCGACCCAAUUCCAUAUAUUACACGGACAAGAUAGGGAGGGCGGUGAAAAUCUACGACUUGGGUGAGAGGAGCACGACCGUGUUGAUGCCUUUUCGUUAUGCCGGACGAUGUCUAUCAGUCUGCUAUUGGGUCGACAUCCCCGACAUCCCUGAACUUGAGCCUGAGCCUGAGAUUGAGCCAGAACUAGAACCUUGA